CAACAAUUACAAAACGAUGCAGCUUGUGGCGAACAGGCUACAGUAGAAGAGCAAGUUACCUAUCAGAUUGAGGGGCACGAAAUUAAAGACCUUGUAGAUGCGUCUAUUGGGGAAAAAGCAGGAUCACAUCAGCAAAAGGCAGAAAGCCACUAUGAAUGUCAGUGAAGUGGAAGACCACAUCUCCCAGAGAUAUGAAGUGAAGAGAAGACUCGGAAAAGGGGCAUAUGGCAUUGUUUGGAAAGCUGUGGACCGCACCACCGGUGAGACAGUGGCCAUCAAGAAAAUCUUUGAUGCCUUCAGGAAUCGCACUGAUGCACAGAGGACAUUCAGAGAAAUCAUGUUUCUGCAGGAGUUUGGCGAUCACCCCAACAUUGUCAAACUGCUCGACGUCAUCCGUGCUCACAACGACAAGGACAUCUACCUGGUGUUUGAGUACAUGGACACAGACCUGCAUGCGGUGAUCAAGAAGGGCAACCUGUUGAAGGAUGUGCACAAGCGCUACAUCAUGUACCAGCUCCUCAAAGCCACCAAGUACCUGCACUCGGGCAACGUCAUCCACAGAGACCAGAAGCCCUCAAACAUCCUGCUGGACACGGAUUGCUUUGUGAAGCUGUGUGACUUUGGUCUGGCGCGUUCGCUCUUCCAGACGCAGGAGGACGCGGGGAACCCCGCCCUCACCGAAUACGUGGCCACCAGGUGGUACCGGGCCCCUGAGAUCCUCCUGGGCUCAUCCAGGUACACUAAGGGUGUGGACAUGUGGAGUGUGGGCUGCAUCCUGGGAGAGAUGCUGCUGGGGAAGCCGCUGUUUCCCGGCACCUCCACCAUCAACCAGAUCGAGAAGAUCAUGAGCGCCAUCCCCCACCCCACGCCCGAAGACGUUCUCUCCAUACGCUCGGAGUACGGAGCCUCGGUCAUCCAGAAGAUGUUACUAAGGCCCCAGGUUCCUCUGGAGGAGCUGUUGGAAUCUCCAGUGGACCCCAGUGCCCUGGACCUCCUCAGCCGCCUGCUGCUCUUCAACCCAGACAAGAGACUCACCGCCGAGCAGGGACUCAACCACCCAUAUGUGGCCAGGUUCCAUAACCUGGCCAAGGAGCCCUGCCUGGACUAUGAUGUCAUCCUGCCUGUGGAUGACGACAUCCAGCUGUCUGUCACGCAGUACCGCAACAGGCUGUAUGAGAUGAUCAAAGAGAGGAGGUGCAGCAGUGGGGGCUGGGCCCAGAGGCGUUGGCACCGCAGGAGGAAAGGAGAGGAGGAGCAGGCGCGCAGGAGGAGCCUCUCGGGAGCCCGGGGAGACGGCACAGACAACACGCCUCUCCCAGACGGCCCUGUCUCCUCGCCAAAGAACUGUGGGGUAGGGGAGGGAGCAGGCGAUCAAGCGGAGGUCAAGUCUCCCUCAGUCCCUCUCAAGUCUCCUCUAACGAGGCAACCGACAGCAGUAAGCAGUCCGGUACUCCCGCACAUACAGCUGGCCAAUGAAAAGGGUGGACCGGCACCCGCCGUCUCGCAUGCGGCCCAUGAGAAGACUGCUCCAGGCCUGCUGCCGGCCAAUGACAGGGCUGGGGUGCUGCUGAGCCCCGGUGCGCAGAAGACCACCUACAACCCCAUCACUCACACUCCUAUGUUGGCUCAGCUACAGCAGCGUAGUGGCCUGGGCUUCAGGAGGCAGCCGCCACCACAACAGCCCUUUGCCACCACCACAGACAACAUCCCCAUCCUGCCUGCAGAGGGCGCCAACGGCAACAUGCUGGGGGAUAACAUGCGGGCCGGUCGUAACCGGUCGGCUCCAGUGGGCCGCAUCCGCUCCCAGUCCCUGACCCUGGCCCCCCACCCGCUCCACAACCCCCUGUUGCGACGCGACGAACCCCUCGUCUCAUCCGGCCUCAACGUCACCUCCGCCCGACUGAACCAGCGCUCCCCGUCCCAGUCUCGUGAGGCGCGGCCGGUGGUGCGCUUCAGCAAGAAGGUGUUCCAGAGCAACGCCAACGUGUCGGCGGCGGGCGACCCGCGGGCCAAGCUGGGCAGCUACAGCCAGGCUUACGGCACCAUCAACAAGACCCAUCUGGACAGCCUGCUCCGGAGUCGGCACCAGCACUAGACACGACUGGACAUCACUACACUGCAAUUUGCAUGGCAGAUUUGCACUCAGAUCUUGAUACACAUACACUUGCGCACAGACACAUAGACACACAGACACACACACACACACACACACACACACACACACACACACACACACACACACACACACACACACACACAGUAGUACACUCACUCGCCAGCAAUAGCAUACUAGUUUGUACUGACACACACACACACACACACACACACAUACAGUAGUACACUCACUC